GAAUUCGCGAAGACGUCUGCUUCGAUAUUUAUGUGAACUUCAAGGUGGAAGUGUUUGCCUGGGUCAAAGUUAAAAAGUGAACUGAUUCCUGAUCGAUGGAGCCGAGCGACGAGUACCGUGCUGAAUUUUCAAGGAACGAGUCAGACAAUGAGAGCAACGAAGAGGAUUACGCACAGUCACCUGUCUUGCUGGAUCUAGACGAGAAUACGAAGCAGCAACAUCGACAUCGGCAGAAUCAGCAUCAAGAUCGACAUCAACAACAGCAGCCUCAUCAAUCUCAUCUUCAGCAUGAGAGACACCAUCGUCGUGUAUCAACAACGGAACGUGAUCAAGCAUCUGGUGCGUCCGCUGCCGUACCUGCUCUAGAUGAGUCAGUAGGUUCAGUUCGUCGACAAUCUUUAAGAAAAAGAUGGCAGGAUGCAGCACUUGAACAACAAUCUCAGACUCACGAUGGAGUCCUGGUAAUAAGGGUACCGGAACCUGAAGUAGUUGGGCCACAUCCACAUCUGGAAAUGCUUCACGAGACUAAUAUAAAGCCUGUCCAAAGAGAACCUUCACAGACUGAGAAAGGUGAGCUGCGAGAAUCCGGAGGUACGACGACCACCGGUACAACCAAUAUGGCCAACGUGGACUCUUACGUUUUUGCAAGAACUUGCAACCUCGUGGGAUGCAAUGGCCAUAAUCAUCGGAUGGAGAAAUGCUUGUUUUAUGAAACUGAUUACAAGAAGUCUGCGUGCGAUCGCGAACGAACGCGCAUGCGCGACAUGAAUCGCGCAUUCGAACUUUUACGCUCGAAGCUUCCAAUCUGCAAACCACCCGGCAAGAAACUUUCGAAAAUCGAAUCGCUCAGGCACGCCAUUACGUAUAUAAGACAUCUACAGAGUUUGCUGGAACCACAGUACAAUUAUGUUCCUGGGAUGGCCGAUAGAGCGAGCUACUAUGGAUCUCCUUCUGGUACAAGCUCACUGACUGGUCUCGGUAUACCUCAUGAACCUCAAUGGGAACCUUUUGAGUACUAUCGGUACGAUUAUCAUGCGCAACUGGCUCCAGCCCUCUCGUUACAGCACACCCAAGCUCAAAUAAUACCACAGCCACCACCUUUACCACCUCCACCACUUCCACCACUACCACCUAUAGUUCCAUUACCUCCUGGAAAUACCCCUUCGUCAAUGUCAACUUCUUCUUCGACACCAAAUUCUCCAGCAGCAUCAUCUUACUGAUCUGAUUAUCAGAUAUUAUUUACCUACUAGAUUACUGUCAAUGUAUUAAGCAAUGAUAAUGUUAAAUGGAUAUCUCAGGAACAUAAGGAGGCUCGCAACACACACUUUUUAUUGUUAAUCUUCGUUUUAAUUGAAUUGUGAAGUUUGUAAAGAAGAAAUAUAUUUUUAUGUUUAGCAACUGUAAA